AUGGAGUCCGCGGCCGACACUCCAAUCGCUCCUUACACGCGGCGCCGCUGGAAUAAGCAGCAUUACUCAAACAAGCCAACAAGACGGAUCGGGAAAACAUCGGCUCGUGCGUUCAUCACUGGCCUGAGUGACGUCGCCAGAGGAGCCAACGGAGCCCUGCGGACCCCCCAAACCCCUCCCACCCAGCCGCGCGCCCGCCUCUUUCCCUUAUACGGACUGAAUCGGAACACAACACAAAAGCGAAAAACCAUGGAUGUGUUGGCCAACCACAGCAUCUUCCAGGAGCUGCAGAUCGUCCACGACACCGGGUACUUCAGCGCCAUGCCUUCGCUGGAGGAAAACUGGCAGCAGUGCGCUUUGGAGAUGGCUUUGGCUGGUGGCUUGUGUGGAGGCUGCAUGGAUGGGUGGAUGGAGAAAUGGCACACGGGGGAAAAUGCAUGGGUGUCUGCGCGCGUGGAUGGAUGGAUGGAGAAAAGGGCACAUGGCGGAGGAUGCGUGGAUGGACGUUUUGGCUUCUGGCUGAUGGCAAGCAUUGGUUUUGGGGUUCUGCUUAAUGGCCACUUCCUAUAG